AAAAAAAUGCACCAAACCCCAUCUUCUUUACCAAAUCCUCCUUAGACCCACUUCUAUAAAACCCACUCUCAGCUCUCUCCCUUUUUGUCUCAGCCGCCGGUGUCUUUAUGUGUUGUCCUUAAAAGUAGGGAAAGCAUAAAAUAACACUUGUGACGGCGACAACAACAACAAAAAAAAAUGUGUGGUUCAACUCCUAAUGUCUCGGAGGCCUGCGGCGGAGCCAUGAUCAUCGGCGCAACCGGGUUCAUCGGCCAGUUUGUGGCAGAGGCUAGCCUUGACUCCGGCCGACCCACUUACCUUCUUGUCCAAUCCGGUCAAGCCUCCCCUUCCAAGGCCUCCAUCAUCAAAUCCCUGCAAGACAAAGGAGCCAUUAUCAUAUAUGGUUCAAUAGAGGAUCAGGAUUUGUUGGAAAAUAUUUUGAAAGAGAACAAGAUUGAGGUUGUAAUAUCAGCCAUUGGUGGUGGCCGUAUCUCCGACCAGCUCAUUCUAGUUGAUGCCAUUAAAGCCGUUGGCACUGUUAAGAGGUUUUUGCCAUCUGAGUUCGGGCACGACAUAGACAGAGCAGACCCGGUGGAGCCGGCACUGAGUUUCUACCACUCCAAGAGAAAAGUCAGAAGGUAUGUGGAGGCGGCUGGGAUUCCCUACACAUAUAUUUGCUGCAACUCCAUUGCCGCGUGGCCCUACCAUGACAACACUCAUCCAGCGGACGUUCUCCCACCGUUGGAUCGCUGCUACAUUUAUGGUGAUGGUAAUGUGAAAGCUUAUUUCGUGGCGGGUAGUGAUAUUGGAAAAUUCACCAUGAAAACCAUUGAUGAUGCUCGAACACUCAACAAAUGUGUUCACUUUCGACCACCAAGCAAUCUACUAAACAUGAAUGAGCUCGCCUCUUUGUGGGAGAAGAAGAUCGAGCGCGAGCUUCCUAGGGUCACCAUUUCAGAGGACGACCUACUUGCUGCUGCCAAAGAUAUGCGCAUCCCAGAAAGCAUUGUCGCAGCCCUUACCCACGACAUUUUCAUAAGGGGCUGCCAAAUAAAUUACUCCAUGGACAACCCUAACGAUGUUGAUGUCUGCUCUCUGUAUCCGGACACACCUUUCAGAACCAUUGAUGACUGCUUCAAUGACUUUGUCGUAAAGAGUGUUGAAGUCAAAAAGGUAGUUGAGGAGAAAAUGAGCAAGGAUGCCAUAAUUGGGCCUAAUUCUAAACCAGAAGCCCUGAUUAUCACAGCAUGACAACAUUUCUGUCACUGCAAUUGCUCAAGGACUCUCACUAAAUGUGUAUUCAAAUCUUCAAGUACUAGAUAAUUUCGAAUUCUAUGCGAUAAAGCACCCCAAGUUACAAGGUUGGGGGCAUAUGUUUCAUUCUAAAUUUGGAUUGAAUAUUGGAGUUUUCUAUGUUGUCCCCCUA